AUGUACGCCGCAUCUCAAUUCGGCGAGACAGGACAACUCCUUCCCACAAAGCAUCUUGUUCUCACCUUUCAGACACCAACAUUGCCAGAAAAGGUUAAAGCUGGUUACAUGCGUCUUGCUGUCCGACCAUUUAUUCCAAAUCCUCUUAGAUUCUACCAAUGCCAACGUUUUGGGCAUUCAAAGAUGGCCUGCCACGGGACACUCACAUGCGCCCGUUGUGCAGAGAAGGGACAUGACAGCCAGCAGUGUACGGGACCCGAAAAGUGCGUCAACUGCAAUGGCGAGCACACUUCAUUUUCAAGAUCCUGUCUACGUUGGAAAUUGCAAAAAGAAAUCAUAACUGUGAAAACUAAGGAAGAAAUCCCAUAUCCGGAGGCAAAAAGGAAAAUCCUUGCGCAAACUUCUUCCCCGGGCAUAAGUUAUGCAUCCAUUACUAAAAAACCAUUUGGCAAAAACUGUAAAUGUAAAAGUUGUGUUCAGAUUUUAACUGAGAAACAAACACCUGAUUCCCUUGUAAAACAACCCCCGGUAAAAUCAUCUGAUUCGGAUACUGAACCAUCUACAAACAGUGCUCCAGAAACUCAUGAAACCAGAAAACGGAAACGCAAACCGAAACCCCUACGUUCUCUAAAGCUAAAACUUUCUAAACGCGGUCUUUCGCAAGAAAUGAUAUCUUAG